AUGGCGGCUACUUCACGAGCUGCCAAAGCUUUCAUGCUCCGAACCUCAAAAUCAACACUACCUGCACUCACAGCCUCCAGCCGGGCGACGUGCUUCUCCCCAGCCUUGACUCGCACAAACUUGAGCCCUGCCGGCUCGCUAUUGAUGCGCCAUCUCGCAACGAUGAAAGCCCUCGUCUACGACGGUUCCAACUCAGUAUCUUUGAAGGACAAGCCCCUUCCGUCCAUUUCAAAGCCAACUGACGCCAUCGUCAAAGUGACCAAAACAACUAUUUGCGGCACAGAUCUCCACAUUCGCAAAGGCGACGUAGCGACAUGCCAACCAGGCACGACAUUGGGCCACGAGGGAGUGGGCAUCAUUCACUCGACGGGAGCUUCAGUUUCACGAUUCAAAGAAGGAGAUCGCGUCCUCAUUUCAUGCAUCUCUAGCUGUGCCACGUGCGAGUACUGCCGCCGGGGUAUGUACAGCCAUUGCACGUCCGGCGGGUGGAUCCUCGGAAACACCAUUGACGGCACCCAGGCCGAGUACGUCCGCAUUCCCCACGCCGAAUCCAGUCUCCACCCGAUCCCAGACGGCGCCGACGACGCCUCUCUGGUGAUGCUGAGCGAUAUUUUCCCCACAGGACUGGAGUGCGGCGUGCUUAAUGGCAAGGUGCAGCCGGGCGGCACUGUCGCCAUUGUGGGCUCGGGCCCGAUUGGUCUGGCGGCUAUUAUCACUGCUCAGAUGUACUCUCCGUCUCAAAUCAUUGCCAUUGAUAUGGACGCGAAGAGGCUUGACGUCGCACGGAAGUUUGGCGCGACGGAGACCAUUGACAGCUCCAAGACAGAUGCUGUCACCAAGGUGAAGGAGUUGACUGACGGCAAGGGUGCCGAUUCGGUCAUUGAAGCGGUGGGAAUCCCAGCAACCUUUGAUCUGUGCCAAAGUCUACUUGCCCCCGGAGGUGUCCUGGCCAACGUGGGAGUUCAUGGAACCAAGGUGGACCUUCAUCUCCAAAAUCUAUGGGACAAGAAUAUCUCAAUCACAACUAGACUCGUGGACACGAUAACGACGCCCAUGCUUUUGAAACUCGUGCAGUCUGGCAAAUUGCAGCCAUCACAACUCAUUACUCAUCACUUCAAACUUGGAGACAUGGAGAAGGCAUACGAUACGUUUGGAGAAGCAUCUAAGCAUGGUGCUUUGAAGGUUGUGAUUGAUGUCGAUUGA